AUACACAUCACCACCACCACCUCAGCACCUCAAACACCUCACAUCACACAUCCAUCCAUCCCCUCCAACACCCUCCCCCUCCCCUCCCCUCAACAACAAUGGCCCCCCAAACCCCACCCCCAACAUUCACAACCCUCCCCAACCUCCCCCUCUCCGCCGCCCUCUCCCCAACAACAAAACCCCAGUUCCUGCACGACCUGCGCGCUGCGCUCCUCAACGUCGGUUUCCUCUACAUCUCCGACACGGGGCUGCCGGACACGCUGAUCGCGGACGUGAUCGCGGAGUGCAAGGGGUUCUUCGAGAACCUCCCGGACGAAGAGAAGGAGAGGAUCGAGAUGAAGAAUCAGAAGAGCUUUCUCGGGUGGAGUAGGCUCGAUAAUGAAACCACAGCUCUGAACACCGACCACCGCGAACAACUCGAUCUCUCCACGCCUCACCCUGUUCCAGGUCCAGAGGCACCACUUUACCAUAAUCUACUAGCCCCCAACCAAUGGCCUUCGCCACAGCAUCUCCCAAGAUUCCGUCCGGUCUAUGAGGAAUACAUGCGUCGCAUGUCAGACAUCUCCGAGCUAUUCACUUCUCUCAUCGCAGAAGCCAUCGGCCUCGCCCCCGAUGCUUUCAGCAAAUUCUUCGACGAGCAUCAGCAGCACAAGCUCAAGAUUGUCAAGUACCCCGAAGUCGACAUUCCAGAUCUGCCUGAAGGAGCAAGCGAGAUCGAUAGGAAGAAGUGGGAGAUCAAGAGACAGGGCGUUGGCCCGCACAAAGACAGCAUGUUGACGAGCUAUCUGCUGCAGGCGAGCGAUCAGCCUGGUCUGCAGGCCCAGAAUGCCAGAGGCGAAUGGGUCGAUUGCAAACCCAUUGACGGUACCCUCGUUGUGGCAAUUGGCCAGGGAAUGGAGGCCUUGACUGAUGGCGUUUGCGCAUCGACGACGCAUCGUGUGCUCAGUCCGAGGAAGGGGGAUGGCCCUCGAUUCUCAGUGCCAUUCUUUCAGGGAGUCAGUUACGACGCCAAGUUCGAGGCCAUGGAUGUGCCUGCAGAUGUGCUGAAACUCAGGGACGAGGCGAGGAAAGCAAGGCGAGAUGAGGUCGAAUUCACCUUCGUCAAAGGCCGAUGGGGACACCUCGGGGAGGCAACUUUGAUGAACAGGGUCAAGAGCCAUCCGGAUGUCGGUGAGAGAUGGUACCCGGAGUUACUCGCUCAGAUCCGCGCACAGCAAGCUGCAGCCGCUAAGGCAUGAUGUACACCCAGUCGCGCGACACCUUCUCUGAACGACAGAGGCUGGCAGUGGAUGCUGCACAGAGGAGAUGGUGAAGAAUUGCCCUGCAGCAGCAUCGUGGUGGGUGACUGGUGGAUUGGGUGAGGCGACAAAAAAGUGUGAGGGAUAUGCGGUGUGGCUGGACGGCCAUUGGUUGCG